AUGCUGAUGCCAUCAUUACCCUUUGACCUUCGCAGCCUCGACACCCAGAUCCUCUUCGCCAACUGGCAAAUGGCCCCCAUUUCGAAGAGCACCCCUAAGAAAGCUCAGCACCUGGUGGUUCUCGUCCACGGCCUCUGGGGCAAUCCCGGUCAUCUCAACUACAUUGCAAACGCCCUGCGUGAUCGCUACAGUGAAGAGGAGAUCAUAGUCCUAGCCUGCCGCAGGAACCUAGGCAGCCUCACCUAUGACGGCGUGAAUGUGGGCGGAGAACGGGUCGCCAAAGAGGUUGAAGACGCGGUGGAAGAAUUGAACCGUGAUGGACACGAGAUUACGCGCUUUUCCAUCGUGGGCUACUCCCUGGGAGGUCUCGUUGCUCGCUAUGCCAUUGGACUGCUCUACCACAAGGGCUUAUUUGAGAAGAUAACCCCGGUCAACUUUACCACUUUUGUCACUCCUCAUUUGGGUGUUCGCACUCCCUUAACUGGCUACCAGAAUCAUCUCUGGAACGUGCUAGGGGCAAGAUUGCUUUCGGCGUCGGGCCGGCAGCUAUUCCUGAGCGAUCGACUGGGUGAUAGCGGCAGGCCCCUGUUGAGCGUCCUCGCAGAUCCUGACAGCAUUUUCAUCCAUGCCCUCGCUCGGUUUCAGCAUCGUACACUGUACACAAAUAUCGUCAAUGAUCGAUCCGCCGUGUACUACACGACUGGAAUCUCCAGACAUGAUCCAUUUGUUGACUUGACCAAGCUCAACCUGAAUUAUGUCAAAGGCUACGAACCCGUGAUAUUGGAUCCAGACCACCCCUACGAUGUGAUACCUCAGGACGAAGUGCCGUCCUUGUACCAGAGACUUUCCACGCAAGGCCACCACUAUCUGCGUCGGGCACCGAUAUUGCUGGCGCUGGUAGUCCUUCUCCCCAUCGUCUUGGUGGCGUUCGUGGUGAACUCUGGCAUCCAGACAUUGCGCAGUCGGCGGAGAAUCAUGCUUCACGAGGCCGACCAUCAUGAUGAAGGGUUUGGGCUGUACAGGAUCCCAUGGAUGGUCCAGGAGAUGCGUGUUGGGCUUGAGGAUGCUUUCGAGAACGUGAAUGCUUCUCAGGAACAAGAGUAUCUACCAGAGGGCUCGGAGAUAGCUGAUGCAGCCGUAGAGGAUCCUGUUUCGUCCCCAGUCGCUUUUGCGAAGACCUCGUCUGAAUCAUUUCGGUCUGAGAAAUCAGACAAUGAUGAGCUUUUGCAAUCUGAAAGGUCUUCCAGCGUCCCGACCUUGGCCCUGACUGCAGCCCAAUUUGCCAUGAUCAAGGCGCUGGACGACGUGGGAUUCCGGAAAUUUCCUGUAUAUAUCCACAAAAGCACCCACAGCCAUGCGGCGAUCAUUGUGCGUGUCCCGAAACCUGCAUUUGAAGAGGGAAAAUUGGUGGUCAAACACUGGUUGGACAACGAGUUCCACAUCUAG